GAAGGAAAUAUUUGUUUAGUCCUUUGAGUUAUUCCGCACUUUGUACUGUUUCUAUAUCUCUUCACAAAAAACAGAGGACAACCACAAUCCAAUUGAAAGUACAGAACCCAAAAAAAAAAAAUGGCGAACUUUGUAUUGCAAUUCCCAAAGACCCUGAGAACCUUCCCUAUUUCUGCUUCAUCUAACGGAGGGGCAUCGGUGAGUGGGUCCCAGAGUGGAGGGAAUGGGGGCCCAGUGAUAGUGGAGCUGCCGCUUGAUAAGAUAAGAAGGCCAUUGAUGAGAACCAGAGCUAAUGAUCCUCACAAAGUUAAGGAACUCAUGGAUAGUAUCCAAGAAAUUGGCCUCCAAGUACCUAUUGAUGUUCUUGAGGUUGAUGGAGUUUACUAUGGUUUCUCUGGUUGCCAUCGAUAUGAGGCUCAUCAGCGCCUAGGGCUCCCAAAAAUCCGUUGCAAAGUUCGACGUGGAACAAAAGAAACUCUAAGGCAUCACCUGCGCUGACAUUUAGCGGCUUGUGUUUUCAGAGCGAAUUUGCAACUUUAGCUCAAUUAAUUAGCUCUAUGUGAACUAGGAAAUCAUACUGCAACAGUAACCAGAUAGUCUAUAUAUCUUUGUGUGUAUGGAUGUUUUAAUACGUAAUUUGGCCAAUGUACCCGAUCUUAGAGGAAGUUUGCUUGAAAAUAAGCUUCUGAUUGUGAUAAAAAAAAAAUCUUGUUGUAUUUUGUCAGCUACGGAAAUUAUAAAAUAAAAGGUGUAAUGCAAA